AUGGACAACUUGAGCCGCGGCUGGGGCCGGCGCUCCCUCGCGCCUGCUGUCCGCUCUGUGCUGCACUCUUCUCCGCUCUCUGCUUCUUUUGUCGCCGCCUUCUCCUCUCCUCCUUCAUCUGUGUUUCUUCUCUCCACAGACUCCCGGCUUGUUGGGGCGUCUGUUUUUGCUGCGUCUUCGCCUUUUCAGCGACUCCAGGCUCGCUCGACCUCGUGCGUGGGCCUUUCACCCCUUUUUCUUGCCUCGCCUUCUUCGGGUUCGCCUCAUUUUGCCCCCCUUCACCUCGCCAGGCAUCGCGCGCUUGCGUCCCUUGUCGCGCCCUCAGCUUCUCUUCUUUUUUGCGCCACGCCGCCGUCUGCUUCAGCAUGCGUAGUCUGGCCCGUCCCGGCAUCCCUCGGGGCUUCUCGGCGCUUCGCCUCAGCCAGCUCCUCGUCCUCGCCUGUGCGCGAGCGCAUGCACUACGACGUCCUAGUUGUGGGCGGCGGCCCUGCAGGCCUCGCGGCGGCGAUUCGCCUGAAGCAGAAGGCGGAGAUCGCAGGCCGCACGGACUUCUCAGUCUGCCUCAUCGAUAAAGGCGCAGAGAUCGGCUCCCACAUUCUGUCGGGAAACGUCUUCGAGCCGCGUGCACUCGAUGAGCUCCUUCCUGGGUGGCGCACGCUCCUACCGUCCUCCGCCUCCCUGCCGGACUCAUCUGCCAGUUCGUCUCCGCUCGCCGGCCUCUCGUCGCCCUUCAAGGAUGCAGCCGAGAGAGCUGGGGGCGCCGCGGCGGCCGCGCUUUACCUGCAAGACCAAGUUCUCAAGUUCCGCCGCCUCUUGCGCGAGGAGUCUCCGCCUGCCGAACCGAGCGAGAAGGGCAAGAGUCGAGAGGCCGCCAACGAACCUAACGAUGCUGCAGCUCUGCGUGGGGGGCGGGGAAUGAACCUGAGCCCGCAAGAAAGGGAUCGCAGCGUGCAAACAGCCGCCGGCGAGACAGGAGGAAGCGGACGCGAAGGCGCAGAUCUGAUAGACGCAGAGCUCCACGGCACAUGUGCGCAGGGGCCCUUGCAGCGAGAGAAGGAGCGGGGAGAGGGAGGCGCGGGGGGUUUGCGUCGCGUGGAAGAAGAGGCGGAUGGGGACAGAAGACGCGACCAACGAGGCGGAAGCGGGAAAGCUGAGCCGAAGGGAGAGGACGAAGAAGGUGUAAGCGAAGACGGCGGCCGAACGGAUGUCGUGGGCGCAACAGCGAAUGAGGAAAGCGCAGAGGUGAAGCAGAUUGAGGAGUUUCUGGAAUCUCUAAAAGAGAAGGAAGAAGACGCUGUUUUCGAUAAAACUGCGAUGCGCACCUCGUUCAUCGUCGCGGAAGAAGGAAUCCACGAGGCGCAGGCGCGUCGCCGCGAAGCCGGCUCGAUUGCCUCCGACGCUGUACGUACAGCUGGGGGCCCGCCGGUGCGGACUGUGGCGACGGAGGAUGAAUUUCUCGUUUUCUUCAACAACCGCCGCGCCCUCGAGCUGCCGAUGUGGGCGCUCCCGCAGCAGAUGAAGAAUGCCGGAAAAAACUUCAUCAUCAGUCUCGGCGAGCUGGCUAAUUGGCUCGCGGAGGUCGCCGAGCAGCACUACGGCGUCGAAAUUUAUCCAGGUUUUGCCGGAGCGGAUCUGCUCGUGAAAGCCUCGAAAGCUUCAGAGCCGCUGCCGCUGUCCUCCUUCCGUAAAGACAUAUCUGACUCUUCCUCUGCGUCGCCGCCGCAUUUAUCUUCCUCCACGACCCCGGGGCCGCCUUUUUUGGCCGCCUCGUUUUUCUCCUCAGCUUCGCACCCCUCGUUUUCCUUCGAGGCUGGCGCGCGCCCCUACGUGUGCGGUGUACGUACGGCGGACAUGGGAGUGAAGAAGGACGGCAGCAAGAGCAAGACGUUUACCCCUGGGAUUGACCUCUUCGCGAAGCAAGUCGUCCUCGCAGAAGGCUGUCGAGGCUCGCUCGCGGAGCUGGCGAUCGCUGCCUUCAAUCUGAGAGGCGAGCACGCCUUGAAAAACCGCGCGGGAAAAAGCGAAGAAAAAAAGAAGCACUGUGCAAACACUCUGAAGGAGAGGGCGAGCGCGGUGCUGAAGGGGAUCUUCACGAGAGGAAAGCUGUCGGGCGCGGCGACGGCGCCAUGUCCGCAGCAGUAUGGCCUAGGCUUGAAAGAAAUCUGGGAGGUCAAGGAGGAAAACCACAGAAAGGGGAAGGUCGUUCACUCCGUCGGCUGGCCACUGGGGCUCGGCGACUACGGCGGAGGUUUCCUAUACCACACAGGCGACGCGAAUCGCGUUCUCCUCGGCUUCGUAGUCGGCCUCGACUACAAGAAUCCGUUCCUGAAUCCCUACGAGGAGUUCCAGCGCUGGAAGACGCAUCCGCGCAUUGCGUCAGUUUUGCAAGGCGGGCAAUGCGUGUCCUACGGGGCGCGGUGCCUCGACGAAGGCGGUUUUCAAGCCAUGCCUUCUCUCACGUUCCCUGGAGGGCUUCUCGUAGGAGGCUGCGCAGGAUUCCUCAGCGCGCCGAAGCUGAAAGGCACGCACCUCGCGAUGAAAAGCGGCAUGGAGGCCGCCGAGGCUCUCGCGGACGCCUUUCUCCGCCCUUCUUCGUCUUCGCCUCCGUCGGCGACUGGUUCUGAGAGCGACGGACAGGGCAGCGCCGGGGAGACGGCGCUCAACGGGGGAGAGGCGGACGCUGACGCGCGCGAAGGACUCGAGGUGAAGGACUACGAGACGCGGGUACGACGCUCGUGGGCUGUCGAGGAGCUCUACGAAGUUCGGAAUGCGAAGCCGUGCUUCCAGCUGGGGCUUCUGCCUGGGCUUCUCGGAUCGUUUUUUCACUUGCGCCUCACCCGUGGGCGCGAGCCGUGGACGCUGCGAUGGAGCAAAGAGGAUAGAGACUACACAGAAAACGCUGACCUUCACAAAUCAAUCUGCUAUCCUCCACACGACAGCCGCCUCACCUUCAGCCUCCUUGACAACCUCGUCCGCAGCGGGACGACCCACGCACACGACCAGCCGUCUCACCUUGUGGUUAGACGAGGAAUGGAGGACGUGCCGAUCGACGUUUCGCUGCGUCGCUUCGCAGGGCCUGAAGGCCGCUUCUGUCCCGCCGGGGUCUAUGAAUAUGUUGAGGAAGACAGCGAUUUGGCUUCAUCGGCGAAAACAGAGAGUUCGUCGGCGACUGCGGCACCCCGCGAGAAGACAACGGCGACCAGAGGCGGCAUGGCGAGCGAUCUCCGUCGAGCAGAGGGAACGGCACAGGAGAGGAAAGGAAAGAAACCGAAAAAGAUGAGGCUCCAAAUCAACGCACAGAACUGUCUACACUGCAAGGGCUGCGCUAUCAAAACCACGCAGAACUUCAUAGAGUGGACCGUCCCCGAGGGCGGCGGCGGGCCGCGCUACUCCGGAAUGUAA